GAGAGCAACUGAGGUUGGCGUGUCAUUCUGCGGGAAUGCGGAAGUGUCCACGCCUUCUGCUUCAUCGCUAAAUAAGGCAGUCAACAGGGCGACAUGGCGUCUUCUGGUGCCCAAACAGAGCUCAGGCUGGUGGUGCUGGGCCGGACCGGGGCAGGACAACGGUCAACGGUCUGCAGCAUCCUGGGCCUGCAAGACAGCGAGCAGGGCAGAGAAAGUGCCGGCUGUAGUAAACACAGAGGAGAAGCUGCAGGACGACAGGUGCUGGUGGUCUCCAGUCCAGACUGGUUCAGUUCAGAUUACGACCCAGAAGAGAGAAGAAGUCACAUCUCCACCUUGAUCACCUUCUCCAGCCCGGGGCCGCAUGCCUUUCUGCUGUGUGUCUCUGUCAACCAGCCAGCUGACGAAGAGACCAAAGCUCUGGAUGUCCUGGAGAAGGUCUUGGGCCCCUCUGCGGUCAGCAGGAACACCAUCCUCGUCUUCACCAACAUGGAGGAGCUGGAGGAGCACGAGAGGCUGGAGGACUACCUGCUCACGUGGCGCAAGGACCUCCAGGCGCUGCUGGAGAGAUGCGGCGGUCGCUAUCACACCCUGGAGACCCGGAGCGGAGAACCGGGAUCCCUUGAGGAGAUGCUGGAGAAGGUUGAAAAGGCGGUGAAGGAGAGCGGAGACGAGCACUUCAGCUGUCCUCUCUACCAGCAGGUAGAGGACCAACUGAGGAAGAAGCAGCUCGAAAUUGUGAGAGAGUGGAGGAAGGAAGCACAGGUGGUGGACUUGGACAUGACUGAUGAGGAAAUGGAGGAAGCCAGAGAAGAGGCAGAAAGAAGUUUACGAGACCUAAAUGUGGACCUGGAUCAGGUUUUCCCUUCGUCCACCGUCUCCAAUUCCUCCCCUCAUGCAUCUUCUCCCCUAGGCUUCUGGGAGACCUUGGUGUCCUGGGUGUUGUGGCUGCCCACGCUGGUGAGAAGGGAGGCCCUGCUGGGAGCUCUGGUGGGCCUCUUUGUUGGCGGGCCCCUCGGGGGCGUGGUGGGGGCCACCGUGGGCUCUGUGGCUACGGAGGUGGGCCGCAGGAAAACCCACAAAACCAAAUAGAUAAGUGGUGCGGAUAACGCCAUCAUGUGUCAUGCCUUAUGUUGCACCUUGUAGUCACUUCACUGUGGUCAGACUACGCCAAUUUAUCGCAACGCUAACAUUUAUGUAUUACAAAGUUAACCAGCUAACAUGUAUGAAUUGCAAAGCUAACCAGCUAACAUUAAUACAAACCCCCUUUCCAUAUGAGUUGGGAAAUUGUGUUAGAUGUAAAUAUAAACGGAAUACAAUGAUUUGCAAAUCAUUUUCAACCCAUAUUCAGUUGAAUAUGCUACAAAGACAACAUAUUUGAUGUUCAAACUGAUAAACAUUGUUUUUUUGCAAAUAAUCUUUAACUUUAGAAUUUGAUGCCAGCAACACGUGACAAAGAAGUUGGGAAAGGUGGCAAUAAAUACUGAUAAAGUUGAGAAAUUCUCAUCAAACACUUAUUUGGAACAUCCCACAGGUGAACAGGCAAAUUGGGAACAGGUGGGUGCCAUGAUUGGGUAUAAAAGUAGAUUCCAUGAAAUGCUCAGUCAUUCACAAACAAGGAUGGGGCGAUGGUCACCACUUUGUCAACAAAUGCGUGGACAAAUUGUUGAACAGUUUAAGAAAAACCUUUCUCAAACAGCUAUUGCAAGGAACUUAGGAAUUUCACCAUCUACGGUCUGUAAUAUCAUCAAAGGGUUCAGAGAAUCUGGAGAAAUCACUGCACGUAAGCAGCUAAACCCGUGACUUUUGAUCCCUCAGGCUGUACUGCAUCAACAAGCAACAUCAGUGUGUAAAGGAUAUCACCACAUGGGCUCAGGAACACUUCAGAAACCCACUGUCAGUAACUACAGUUGGUCGCUACAUCUGUAAGUGCAAGUUAAAACUCUCCUAUGCAAGGCGAAAACUGUUUAUCAACAACACCCAGAAACGCCGCCGGCUUCGCUGGGCCUGAGCUCAUCUAAGAUGGACUGAUGCAAAGUGGAAAAGUGUUCUGUGGUCUGACGAGUCCACAUUUAAAAUUGUUUUUGGAAACUGUGGACGUCGUGUCCUCCGGAGCAUAGAGGAAAAGAACCAUCCGGAUUGUUAUAGGCGCAAAGUUGAAAAGCCAGCAUCUGUGAUGGUAUGGGGGUGUAUUAGUGCCCAAGACAUGGGUAACUUAUACAUCUGUGAAGGCACCAUUAAUGCUGAAAGGUACAUACAGGUUUUGGAGCAACAUCUGUUGCCAUCCAAGCAACGUUACCAUGGACGCCCCUGCUUAUUUCAGCAAGACAAUGCCAAGCCACGUGUUACAUCAACGUGGCUUCAUAGUAAAAGAGUGCGGGUACUAGACUGGCCUGCCUGUAAUCCAGACCUGUCUCGCAUUGAAAAUGUGUGGCGCAUUAUGAAGCCUAAAAUACCACAAUGGAGACCCCCGGACUGUUGAACAACUUAAGCUGUACAUCAAGCAAGAAUGGGAAAGAAUUCCACCUGAGAAGCUUCAAAAAUGUGUCUCCUCACUUCCCAAACGUUUACUGAGUGUUGUUAAAAGGAAAGGCCAUUUAAUACAGUGGUGAACAUGCCCUUUCCCAACUACUUUGGCACGUGUUGCAGCCAUAAAAUUGUAAGUUAAUUAUUAUUUGGCAAAGAAAAAUAAAAGUUUGAGUUUGAACAUCAAAUAUCUUGUCUUUGUAGUGCAUUCAAUUGAAUAUGGGUUGAAAAAUCAUUGUAUUCCGUUUAUAUUUAUAUCUAACACAAUUUCCCAACUCAUAUGGAAACGGGGUUUGUAUAUUACAAAGCUAACCAGCUGACAGUAAUGUAUCACGGAGCUAAUUAGCAAACAAUGUAUUACCAAGCUAAUUAGCUAACAAUGUAUCACUGAGCUAAUUGGCUAACAUUAAUGUAUCACUGAGCUAAUUGGCUAACAUUGAUAUGUUAUGAUGCUAAUUAGGUAACAUUAAAAUAUUACUGAGCUGAUUAACUAACAUUGUGUUACUAAUCUACUUAGCUAACAUUAAAGUAUUACUAAGCUAAUUAGCUAACAAUGUAUCACCGAGCUAAUUGGCUAACAGUAUUGUCCAGUAUUACAAAGUUAACCAGCUAAUAGCAUUAUUGUAUUAUUAAGCUAAUUAGCUAACAAUGUAUUUAAGAGCUAAAACAGCUAUGUACUACCUAGCUAAUUAGCUACCAUUAACAUGAUAAAAGCUAAUUAGUUAACAUUAAUGUACAGUAUUAAAAAAGUUAACCACCCAGUAGCAUCAAUGUAUCACCAAGCUAAUCAGCUAACCGUAUUGUCUAGUAUUACAAAGUUGACCAGCUAAUAGCAUCAAUAUAUUACUAAGCUAAUCAGCUAGCAAUAUACUUUUGCGCUAGCCAGUUAUCAUAUUAGGAAGCUAACCAGCUGACAGUGUUUCACGCUAAUUAGCUAACAAUGUAUUGUGAAGCUAAUUAGUUAACCUUGUACAUUACAAAGCUUGUUAUUAAUGUACUCAUAAGCUAACAGCUAACAGUGUGGUAUUAUGCCAGCAUGCUAACAUUAGCAUAGUGCAGACACACAGUGCAUUAUGUCAGUGUUUUUUUUUAUGGAUGAUUAUGUUGUCAAUAAAGUCCAUUU